AUGUCUCUUUCUGAGCUCAAACAUACUCUACGGAAGCAUGAAUUUCCUGCUUGUGCGAAAGAAGCUCUUAUUAAAAUAGAACAACUACUCGUAGGAAGAGCGGCUCCCACUAGCAAACAACUUGAUAUAGCAAUGGAACUUAUAUCUGAAUUUGUAUUUUGCGAGACCGACCGCCGUGGAAACCGGCGAGGGUUAAAUCCUCUCCAGGAGUUGCAGCUCAUAGAUAUUAUUUGUGAUUACAUAUCCGCUUGUACGAAUGACACAACCAAGAAUACAAUAUUUCUGUCACUUUUUGGAGGCAUGGAGAGUCAGAGAAAAUUAAAAGUCUUAAGCAUUCUUGCUAGUAUGGCUGUUUCAGCUUCAAGUACUCCUGUCUUAUUAGCUGUAGGUGUAUGGCUACAGCAGAUGGGUUGUUCUUCUCAACAGUCCUUACAAUUAGUUGAAAAUAUUAUACGGGAUCAUUUUUUCUUGAACACAUCUAAUCAAAGUGCUUUAAAAACCUUAGCGACUACUGCUCCACAAUUUGUGUCCAAUUUUAUUACAGCUGCUACUGAAUUAUACAUGCAUGAAGCACAAAAGACAAAAAAAAUGCCUCCAAAAAAUUUGCUUGAGGUCAUUACUUCUUGGGUGUAUUCUAACCCGACAUUAUGUAUGUCAGCACAGUUAAAUCCUGCAGCACUCCCUAGUGGUUCCAUACCUAUGGCAGCUGUGACCCCAUUAGCUGGACUAAUACAUUGGUGUGCUUUAGCACCACUUUAUAUAGAUGAAGAUACAGAAAUGGAUGAAAUUCCUAUAAAGAGGAUCAAAAUUGAAGAUGAAAAACCUUCCAUAGUGAAAACAAUACCUAGUAAAUCACUAACAGAAUCAGAGCUAUAUAUUAAGCUGCACCUUGGUGUGUUGCAUAGCUUGAGAGCUGGAAGACGCACUCAUGGACCUCCUACUGCUGUAAAUGCGCAGCAUUUAGCCGCUUUAACACCUUUGGUACAAGCAUAUGGACAUCAGGUAUUAAAAAAAGGUGUAAAAUUACAGAGUGACACUAAAUUACAGGAUUGUCUUGACAGGAUAGGUCAAGCAAUACAAGUAGCUCUUGCAAAUGGGUGUGUAUAUGGGAAUAUCAGUAAUCUUUUAGCUGCAUUAGACACUUUACCCGAGAAUAGACUACUGAGGAUCAUAAUUAAGAGCCACCAGCAAAGUAUA